CAGCGACGUACGGUGUUUUACUUUGGUGGGUGCACCGGACACUCAGGAAUUGAAAAAAUGGUUAAUGCGAUUCGCAAUCGAGCUAAUGCAUCAUCUAGCAGAGCUACACAUCCGUCUAUCUCAUUGUCUGUGGAGUCGCAUUCUCAAGGAUCAUUGUCUCCCUUGGAUCAAGAGGAUACCGUUCCACAAACUCCUGAUAGUAACAUUUGUAAAUUGUUCAUGUUUAUAAAUUAUUUCUACAAUAAGUUUAAAUUAUUUAAUAAGCUAAGUUGCAUAAUUUUUUGAUAAUGCAGCUUCAACCAACAAACAGAAUGUUCGAGGGGGCACUCGAGGGAUAGCUCUUCGAAAAUUAAAUAAGCAAAACAAACAAAAAAUGGUUGUUCACAUUGAUGCUAAACACGGAAGACCACUUGAUAGUGUGGAAUCAGCAAAGUUAUCUAGUGAGCUGGGGAUACUCUCUCGCGAAUCGAUGCGUGUACCGGCUAAAAUGGAAGGACUUUGAAAAGUCUGAGUUGUCGGUGGCUUUUGAUCAACUUGGUAUGCAUUUAUCCAUCGAUAAUCCAGAAGAGGAAACUAAAGAGAAUGUCUUGGAAUUGUUAAAGCAUCGAAUCAGACACCAGCGACAUAGGUUGAAUAAACAUUUCGGGAAGUUCACUUCGCUGGAGGAAGCAAUUCGAAAUAAACCUUACUUUGGAGGCUUAACUCAAGCGAACUGGGAAUUACUAUGUACUAAUCUUUUUAGCGAUCCUCAGUACCAAGAAAGAUGCAAAAUAAAUAGGAACAAUCGAAAAAAGAUGAUUACAAAUCAUAAUCAAGGCUCUAGGUCUUUUGUAGCAGCUCGCCAUAUACUUAGUAAAGAACUAGAAGAGGAGGAGGAGGAGGAAGAUGAUGAUGAUGGUGAUGAGGAAGUCGAUAGGAUAAAAUUUUACAAACAUUGUCAUUAUAAAGAAGGGAAGGGGUGGGCUACUCCACAAUGUGAUAAAAAUUAUGUGGAAAUGGAACGUCGUAGGACUGAAGUCGAAGAAUCUGGUGAGAAAGUUGAUGCCGAUAAAAUUGCUGAUGAUGUUCUUGGAAAAAGAUCUUCUUACAUUGUUGGACUUGGAUAUGGUCCAAAACCAAAAAAAAUUGCAUCAAAUUCGACUAUGAAAAUGCUUGAAGAACGUUUAAAAGAGAAGGAAAAAGCAAAUUUGGAGCUUAAGGAUAGAGUUGUUUCCAUGGAAACAACUCAUCAAGAGUAUGGUCGUCUCAUUCAACAAUUGAUGGAGUCUCAACAACGUUCAAAGUGGAGACAUUCUACUUGGCGAGAGAAUAGAAGUUAUGCACUUGGUGGAUUUCCUAUCAUCUUAUUCAAGCUCAAAGUAGUAAUGAUGUUUUAGUUUAUAUUUUUUAUUCAGGUUUUCAAAUUCAAUUUGUAAGGAAGACUUUAAUAUUAGGUUGUUAUUUUAGGUGUUUUAGAAUGAUCGUUUGAAUUUUCGUGUCAAUACUUAUUUCAGUUUAGUUUUCAUUUAUUUGGGAUAGUAAUUGACUGUUACUUUUAUAAUAUUUUAUUUAAUUUAUUUGUCUAUUUAU